AUGCUUGCAAUUUGGAUAGCAAUUGCCUGGACAACCUUGCUGGAUUCUCGCCACUGCAACCCGGUCCCAACUCCGGGCACGGCUGUUGUUGGUAUGAUUCCCUUGGCUGAUCCGCAGAGGAGAAUCACAGACUUUUGGUCACCGCAAGGCACCAGCCGUAAGGGUGAGGGUUACUGUGGUACCAUAUCCACAGUGGGAGCAGACGAUUGGAUCUCCAAUUUCUGCCAAAGCUCUGCGAAACAUGGACAACCGCCACCAAUGAGCAAUCGCUCCAGUCAUCCCAGUGGACCGCAUACAGCUGUCAGCAAAAGAAGCUUCAAGCGAGCCUGCCGACGUGCCUUGUACCAUGGUCAUUCUCACUACCAUGGGCGACGCAUGACCCCAGCUGACUUCCCACAAGGAUUGGUCAGCCGACUACAACAGGAGAUCACAGUGCCAAGUCAUCGAGCACCUUUGCGAUCAACCUUCUCUGGCAAAGAUCGCACUACGUGCAUGCAUUGGAACCCGGGCGGCCUGUCGCAGGCCACCUGGCUGGAGAUACGACACUGGUUGCAACGGAAUCCAGUAGAUCUGGUGGUCAUCUCGGAGACUCGAUGGAGUUUUUCUUCCCACUGGCAUGAUCAAUCCUGGAUCUAUGUGCACUCGGCCACACAGGAACACAAAAGUGGAGGCAUUUUAUUGAUGGUGUCUCGCCGCAUUGCCCAACCCGAACAGGUUGGCUUCAAUGACAUAGUGGCUGGACGCCUUGUUCACCUCAGAGUUCAUUAUGACAACCGGGCCUUGGACUUGCUGGCCAUCUAUCAGUAUGUCGACAACAAGACCCCUGCCUCGGCUCUGAAACGUGAACAGGUAUGGAGUGCCCUGAACUCGGCAUUGCAACGUAUGCCAUCCAGGAACAAUUUGAUCUGUGCAGGAGAUUUCAAUUGUGCCCUCGAGGCUCAACAUCCAUGGGUAGGUGCUACUCAGUUCACAUGGCAGGGACGCAAGUGCUCCGGACUUGGACACCAUGACCAUGUGCGCCUCCGGGACAUCCUGAAAGCCCAUGGCCUGACCGCCAUUGACACUUGGGGCCCCUCAGGACCUGAUGGCACGAUCGCCGAUCAAUACAUGGCACAUGCAAUGACAGUGGCAUUUGUGCAAUCGAUGUGGCAGGGCCCGGCCAAGCUACCCACCUACCAUGCCACGGCUCCCGGCAUUCCGUUUGAUUUGGAGGAAUUAGUUGCAGCAGUGGCAAAGCUCCACACCAACAAAUCGGCCAUUUUUGAUCACCUCAUCCGACUUGGGACACCAUCCAACUUAGUGCAACUUGCGGCCAGCUGGCACGAGCAGACACAAUACAAUUUGCUCUUUCGAGGUCAGACGACAGCCGUUCCGGUAGGAGUGAUGCAGAGACUGCCCAAUGGGGUAAGCAUCAAAGUGCCACGCGCUGGUGGACGCCACACGUGCUUGCCAUUGAGAAACAAGGGCUCCUACCUUGGUGCAGUGAUCAGCUACCACAAUUUUGAGCGUGACAUCCAUAUGUUGCCACAUGACUUCCUGCAUCAACUGGAUUGGCAGCCACUGCAUGAUGUGCUUCAGCUCAUUCGAAGUCUCAUCACGGCUGCACCGGAGGUGCCCAUAAGUGUCAAUCCUGAAGAUCCAGUCAGGACACAGGUACGAAGAUCGAUGACAGAACCACCACAGCCAGAUGUGCAGAUGUCUCCUACACCAGCCGUAGACCAAGUGCACAGACACUACCAGGUAGCUGCCCAACAGUUUUGGCCUGAGCUGGAACGUUGCAUACAGACGGAUGACUGGACAGGUCUCAAACGCCUUGAGCCCUGCCUGGAACACCUGACGCAUCACUGUGCCAUUUGCGGCACAUGGUGCAACCGUUUCCAGGAACUGCACAGCCAUUACCGCCUCUACCAUGAUGCCCAGCUCAAAGGUGGUGUUGCCAAGGGAGCUCAACUCACUCAGGUACUGCAGCUGUCAUCUCCAUGUGAACUGUGCCACAAAGCCUAUAGCCGUGUUCAUAGUUGCCCUGUGGCUUUACAGGUUGCCAUUCUUCGGCUUCAAAUGCAGGAACCGGACAUCCGACAACAGACAGAACUCACAUGUGAGAUUUGCGUGCAGCAGUUCGAUGAUCAUAGUCAGAUGUAUCAACACAUGGCGCGUGAGCACGGUCAAACCCUGAGUGACUGGAUCCCGUCCAGAGACUCUGUACAGGGCAGCAAUCAAUGUCGACACUGCACAUUGCAGUUCGAUAGCCGCUCAGGCUUGAGACGCCACAUCACGGAAGGCAGAUGCGAGGCUUUUGAUCCUCUGGCCUCCCUGAAUCCGCAGGACACCACAUCACAGUGGAGCACAUGGUUGCGCAGCGGUGAUUUCUCACCCACUGGUCUUACGGCACACCAGCGGCUACAGUUGACUACCACAUGCCAGUUCUGCGCGGUGAAGUACAUGCGCACGGGAGAUCUGGUUGCGCAUCUCCUCCAGUCCCAUGGGCCGCUGUGGAAUGAUUCACAACAGAUGCUGAGGUACCUCCUUCAGGUGGUGAUGGCCUCUCGCGGGUGCAUCUGCAACCCCCAGGCACAUGAAGUUGGUCUUGCUCACAUUUGCACGCCCCUGCGCCAGGUGGCAAUGAUGAUGGUCAGCAAUGAUGUGCCGAUCUUGGUGCCAACCCAGUUUCAGGCGACCAGUUUGGCCACGCAGCUGUCAUACCUCCAUGAUGACGCAUUGGCCCAACGAGUAACUGACAUACUGCUUGCCAGGAUGUUUGAUCGCCUUUGGACUGAUCCACUGAUUCUGCAGACCCUGCGCUCCAGAUGCCUGACAUGCGGGGGUCACUAUCAGCCGGCUGAGUUACUGCGACACCUUCUCACGGUGCACCCACAGACAUGUGCGUGGGCCACUCAGAUUGCGUUUCAGUUGCAUGACCUCCUGCAACGUUUCCAGCAACAGGAUUACAGAUGCAAUUUGUGUCAGCAAGUCUUCAAUUUGCCUGCAGUCUCAUCAGAAACUGAGCACAUAUCGCUAUUUUGCUGCAACCGAUCAAUGGACGCCUGGAUGGACCCCAACGAUCAAGCUUUGAUGGCGGGUCUGGAGGCAUUGGCUCCCCUGUUGCUGGGCACACGGAAACAGCCAGAAGGAGAAGACGACGGGCAGCCACCCAAACGGCACAAAGCCAAGGCCAAAGACGGCCAAAGCUCCGAAGGACACAACGAGAUGAUCAUGCCCCUGUUGAAGUUGAUGGGCCAACUGAUCCUCAGCCACGAGCGGAGCCUCCAGCUCGCGCAACGGCAGGAUUGCUUCGUUUUGUUCUGCCAAAACAGGCCAGAGGGAAUUGUCCCACACCUGACGGCGAUGGCAUCCAAGUGGCGCGAGGAGUGGCCUCAGCAGAAGGACAACAUCCGAUGGCCCAAUCUCAGAACGUACCUCCUGAAGGGGGUCAUCACGGAGCUGCACCGCAGAGUCCAACAGCUGGCCAGCAGCAAGCAGGGCGAACAGCUGUGGGAGGUGGCUGUGAGCAAGGGCACCAUCCUACCGGAUGGAGGAUGGAGCUUCCAGAAGUGGGCACCGGAGUCCAAACAGCUGGUCCGAGCAGCUCGCCCUCCAGUGGCCAUGCCCCAGAUGCUUCGGAAUCUUCAGCUCCUGGAGGACCUUCUGCAGAGCAAUGCACACGUGGCCAGAUUUCAGAGUCUCAGGAACAACAACCAGGACGCCAUCCCAUGGAUCCUCCAGAUCAACCACAGAGAGAACGAGGCUUGGGAAGUCCUUGUGGACCUUUGCCACAACACAGUGUGGUCGUUGCUUGGAAUGUCGGUCAAACAGCAUUCCCAAUCCCUCUCGAAACCGGCCAUGCUCCUUCAACAAACCUUGGGCAAGGGACAGGCACCGCAGGGGAAGAGCCGCGGCCGUGGGAAAGGCCUUGCCAUGGACAACCCUGGGAACAACUGCUAUGCCAAUAGCGCCUACGUGAGUAUGAUCUGGGCCACCUUGUCCAGGACAGCUUUUCACUUCAGGGAUUGGGGCGCACGAUCAGCCAUCCUCCAACAAACGCUCCAACAUACUGAUGGCACUUUGUUUUCAUUGGAUCAUGAAGACUGGUUCCAACAUUUAAUGGAGGGUUGGAAUGAGGAAGGGGAACAGGCUGACAGUGCAGAGUUUGUGCAUAUGCUCUCCAGCUGGACAGCCAUGCCGGCCAUUUCCAAUUGCUGGGAGCGUCGAGAAUUGCUCCUCCUGCACAUCGACAGACUGGUUCAGGCCCCCUCUGGCAGACUCAGCAAAUGCCAGGCUGCCAUCAAUUUUGGCUGGGAAGUGCAGGUACCUGUUUUGACGGCCCAGGAUUGCACAUGCAUGUGGACAUCUUUCACAGUGAUUGCUUGCAUCUCACAUUUGGGUACAGCACAGAAUGGACACUAUCAAACCAUCCUUCGUACUUUUCCAGAGGUGUCUGACAUUGCCAACCCGUCCAUGUGGAUGAUGUGUGAUGAUGGCAGGACUCCAUAUAGGAUUCUGACAGUGCCGGCUUUGUUUGCACAGGGCAUCACAUGCCUGUGGUUGUGCCGCUCAGACCGGGUUGAAGUCCAUAAGCUGUCCCCUGCCACGGACAGCGCACCCAGCCAUGAGGCCGAUCUGUUGACGUUGUUGGCCACGCAGCCAGAUCCCGAGCCCUGA